AUGCCUAAGAAAAACACUAUAGAAGAUGAAGGCAGUAGAAGAUCAAGAACACCAAAAGGGCAUUUUGUUGUGUAUGUUGGGAGUGAAAUGAAAAGGUUUGCUGUGCCUACAUCUUACUUGAAGAAUCCAUUGUUCCAAAACCUGCUUGAUAAUGCUGCUGAAGAGUAUGGCUUUGAUAACAGGAACCUGAUCCUUCUCCCUUGCGAUGAAUCCACCUUUCGUCGGCUUAUUGCCAUUUUAGCAAGGUCUAACUCAUUCAAUAGUACAAGAAUAAACCCUAAUUGA